AUGUAUGCUGGGUCAGCAUGCAUUGAGACCUAUAGGGCUGAAAACAGCCCUUUCAGAUUGAAAAUUCAAGAACCAGCAAUGCUGCAGCAGCAUACUGCUUUGAAAUUGGAAAAUGUUGACAAGUUCUUGCUCUCGAUUAUGCAGCUGGCAGGGAACAAAGGAUUCUGGCUUUGCCAUUCAUGUUUUAUCUGCAAAACAAACCUGCCUGGCCUUUUAUUAUACUUUUGGUUCGAGGCAUGA